AUGGAUCCCACCCUCGUCCUUCUGUGGGUGUUCACCUGGGUGACCGUUGGCCUGAUCGUCCUUCGGCUGCUGCUGCGGAAGUCAAAAGGACUCCCGUUCGUCUGGGGCGAUUAUUUCUCGGUGGGUGCGAUUCUGUGUGCACUCGUACGACUCGCCUUGGUCCAUGUCAUUAUUCUUUGGGGAACCAACAACAUGUCUGCCGCUUUCAGGCAGAGCCACGAGUUCACCACUGAGGAGAUCCAUCGUAGAGAGAUUGCGAGCAAAUUUGUGCUUGCCAAUCGAGUCUUCUAUAAUUCCUAUCUCUGGUUGCAGAAGCUGGUUCUGCUUGAUACCUACCGCAGAUUACUCACGAACCUUCGCUGGGAAAAGCCGACGAUUUUCUCGUAUGUUGGUGUAUUCGCUGCGACAUAUGUAGCCGUUCAAACUGUGACUUUCACAGAGUGCGACCCAUUCAAUCAUUAUUGGCUUGUAUUGCCGGAUCCUGGCAUAUGCUGUCAGGCACAACUCCAAUUGAUCGUCGUCGGUGUUCUCAAUGUCAUCACCGAUCUCAUGCUUAUAGCUCUGCCGAUUCCAAUCUUGAUUUUGGUCAAACGCUCCACAGUUGAAAAGAUUCAGCUUACAGCACUUUUUGCUGUCGGGCUGUUCAUCGUCGCUAUCACCAUCGCUAGGCUACCGCAAAAUGCCAAAAAUUCCACUGCUCAAGUGAACAGAACAACUUGGGCAUCUAUUGAGUUACUCGCCGCUGCUAUUGUGGCCAAUGCUCCUGUCGUCUACGGCCUUCUCAAGGGACGAAAACAAAGGUCUAGAGAUGCCGCUUCGGGGGCUGGAUCAAGUGGGCCAUCAUGGCAAGGGCUCCAAAGAUCAGCACAUGAGCCUGGAUUCGAACUCCAGGGUACCCGUCACAGCAAGAGAGGAUCUACCCUUGGAUCAAAGAUGUACUCCGGGAAUUAUCUUGAGAUAGGCGAUGCAAGUAGCCAUUCGUUAUCUCGAGCUAGGGAAGAGGAAAGGGGUCAAAACUAA